CAGCCCCGCUCGCACGUCGCCCGCCCCCCGCGCCCUAGAGGGCCGGCUAAGUCCCUCCCGCUGCCGGCUCUCGCCUCACUAGGAGCGGCUGUCGGUGCGGCGGGCACAGGGCACAGCGGCCUUGCGCCCACGGAACGCGCGACAUUGCCCGGAACACACCGCCACCCCUUUGCCCCCCUUAGCGGCCCACUCGAGAUCUCCAGCGGCCUCCACGCGCGCACGAUGCCCUCGGCUACCAGCCACAGCGGAAGCGGCAGCAAGUCGUCGGGACCCCCGCCGCCGCCGUCGGGUUCCUCCGGGAGUGAGGCGGGGGCCGCGGCCACGGCGCCGGCUGCUCAGCACCCUGCCACCGGCACCGGCGCCGUCCAGACCGAGGCCAUGAAGCAGAUUCUCGGGGUGAUCGACAAGAAACUUCGGAACCUGGAGAAGAAAAAGGGCAAGCUGGAUGAUUACCAGGAACGAAUGAUCAAAGGGGAAAGACUUAAUCAAGAUCAGCUGGAUGCCGUAUCCAAGUACCAGGAAGUCACAAAUAACUUGGAGUUUGCAAAAGAAUUGCAAAGGAGCUUCAUGGCAUUAAGUCAGGAUAUUCAGAAAACGAUAAAGAAGACAGCUCGUCGGGAGCAGCUUAUGAGAGAAGAAGCUGAACAAAAACGUUUAAAAACUGUACUUGAACUGCAAUAUGUUUUGGACAAAUUGGGUGAUGAUGAAGUGCGAACUGACUUGAAACAAGGUUUGAAUGGAGUGCCAAUACUUUCUGAAGAGGAAUUGUCACUAUUGGAUGAAUUUUAUAAGUUGGUAGACCCUGAACGAGACAUGAGCUUGAGGUUGAACGAACAGUAUGAACAUGCCUCUGUUCACUUGUGGGACUUGCUGGAGGGGAAAGAAAAAUCUGUGUGUGGAACAACUUAUAAAGCUUUAAAAGAAAUUGUUGAGCGUGUUUUUCAGUCCAACUAUUUUGACAGCACCCACAACCACCAGAAUGGGCUGUGUGAGGAAGAAGAGGCAGCCUCAGCACCUCCAGCUGAAGACCAAGUGACUGAAGCUGAACCUGAGCCAACAGAAGAAUACGCUGAACAAAGUGAAGUUGAAUCAACAGAGUAUGUAAAUAGACAAUUUAUGGCAGAAACACAGUUCAGCAGUGGUGAAAAGGAGCAGGUAGAUGAGUGGACAGUUGAAACAGUCGAGGUGGUGAAUUCACUCCAGCAGCAACCCCAGGCUGCAUCUCCUUCAGUACCAGAGACGCAUUCUUUGGCUCCUGUGGCUCAGGCCGACCCCCUUGUGAGAAGACAGCGAGUACAGGAUCUGAUGGCACAGAUGCAGGGGCCCUAUAAUUUCAUACAGGAUUCAAUGCUGGAUUUUGAGAACCAGACACUUGAUCCUGCUAUUGUAUCUGCACAGCCUAUGAAUCCAACGCAAAGCAUGGACAUGCCCCAGCUCGUCUGCCCUCCUGUUCAUUCUGAAUCUAGACUUGCUCAACCUAAUCAGGUUCCUGUACAGCCAGAAGCCACACAGGUUCCUUUGGUUUCAUCCACAAGUGAGGGAUACACUGCCUCUCAGCCCUUGUAUCAGCCUUCUCAUGCUGCAGAACAGCGGCCACAGAAGGAACCAAUUGAUCAGAUUCAGGCAACGAUUUCUUUAAAUGCCGAUCAGACUACAGCAUCAUCGUCCCUUCCUGCUGCUUCUCAGCCUCAGGUGUUCCAGGCUGGGACAAGCAAGCCUUUGCAUAGCAGUGGGAUCAAUGUGAACGCAGCUCCAUUCCAGUCCAUGCAAACGGUGUUCAAUAUGAAUGCUCCCGUGCCUCCUGUUAACGAACCAGAAACUUUAAAACAACAAAACCAAUACCAAGCCAGUUACAACCAGAGCUUUUCCAGUCAGCCUCACCAAGUGGAACAAACAGAGCUCCAGCAAGAACAGCUUCAAACAGUGGUUGGCCCUUACCAUGGUUCCCAGGACCAGCCUCAUCAGGUGACAGGCAACCACCAGCAGCCCCCACAGCAGAACAGUGGAUUUCCACGGAACAAUCAGCCGUACUACAACAGUCGUGGUGUGUCUCGUGGAGGCUCCCGUGGUGCUAGAGGAUUGAUGAAUGGAUACCGGGGCCCUGCCAAUGGAUUCAGAGGAGGAUAUGAUGGUUACCGCCCUUCAUUCUCUAACACUCCUAACACUGGUUACACACAGUCUCAGUUCAGUGCUCCCCGGGACUACUCUGGUUAUCAGCGGGAUGGAUAUCAGCAGAAUUUCAAGCGAGGCUCUGGGCAGAGUGGACCACGGGGAGCCCCACGAGGUCGUGGAGGGCCCCCAAGACCCAACAGAGGGAUGCCGCAAAUGAACACUCAGCAAGUGAAUUAAACUGAUUCACAGGAUUAUGUUUAAUCGCCAAAAACACACUGGCCAAUGUACCAUAAUAUGUUACCAGAAGAGUUAUUAUCUAUUUGUUCUCCCUUUCAGGAAACGUUGUAAAGGGACUGUUUUCAUCCCAUAAAGACAGGACUACAAUUGUCAGCUUUGUAUUACCUGGAUAUGGAAGGAAACUAUUUUUACUCUGCAUGUUCUGUCCUAAGCGUCAUCUUGAGCCUUGCACAUGAUACUCAGAUUCCUCACCUUUGCUUAGGAGUAAAACAUAUACAUGAUGGGGUGAUAUCUCCAUAGUUAUUUGAAGUGGCUUAGAAAAACAAGUUUGGCUUUUUGGACAUGGGAUAAAAUAUACAUAUCAGCCCUAGAAAUAAUUGAAUGGUAAUUGACAAAACUAAAAUAUUUUCUUUGAAAGGAAGAUAGAAGGAGUGGAAUGUGGUUUGACAGAACAGCUGCAUUUCACAGCUUUUCCUGUUCAAUUGCAGCAUUAAAUGUUUAGAUGCAUAGCAAAUUAUGCAUGGGCCCUUACUCACACUUGUAAGACUGGCUUCCAGCUUUGACACAGUUUUCAUUAUUCAUCUGGCCAAGCGAGUGGUUAUAAACAUAUAAAAUGCUUUAUAAUAGCUGAUAUUGUAUAAGACAGAUACAAAUAUAAAUUAGGUUCUGAUUGGCAUUUUGAAAAUACACAACGAGUAUGGGAUAUAAUCUGGAUGGCCGCUUCUGUACUUAAUGUGAAGUAUUUAGAAACCUUUUUGAACAUUUAACAGUUUCUUGGAGACAAUGGCCUUUGUAAGGAUUGGUAGUACAUCAUUCCUUAUGACAUGUACAUUGUCUGUCACUAAUCCUUGAUAUUGAUGUAUUGUCACCUAAAUUGGUACAGGUAUUGAUGAAAGUUUCUAAUGGAUAAUCAUAGUACUCUUGGUCACAUGGUUUUCCUGCAGCUUGAACGUUUUUAAAAGAUACCAAAUGCCUGCUGCUAUCACCCUUUUAAAAUUGCUAUCUUUUGAAAAGCACCAGUAUGUGUUUUAGAUUGAUUUCCCUGUUUAAGGGAAAUGACAGUAGUUCCAGUUCUGAUGGUAUAAGCAAAACAAAUAAAACAUGUUUAUCAAAGUUGCAUCUGGAAACGCUGGUGUUCAACAGUUAGCACCUUUUAUGAUUCAUCACAUGUAUUGUUAGUGUCACAAGUUUAUAUGGCUAUCUCCAGCAGCUACUUCUAUAGUAGUUGCACUUACUGUUUCUCUAAUUUACCCCUAAUUCUCCUUUUAUCACAAAGGCAUAUAUAUUCAAAGUGGAGGUAUUGUCCCUUAGAUGUAUAGGGGAGCUUAAGUUCAGUGAAGACAGGGCAGUGACGUAGCCACAUGUACCAUGUUGGAAUUUGUGCUAGCAGUCUGAGCACUAGUUCUGUGUGCCUCUGAACUUAAUGCUGUUUGUUGUCCCUUUCCACUUUGUUGUGGGGAAUCAGUUCCACCAAUGAAGCAAAGGCUACGGAGUUAAUUUUCUGUGCAGAAGUUAAAUUUUGUUUUCAGCCUUUAGCUAUGGGAUUUUUCCAGUAGGUGCUCAGCUACUUACAAACAAAGCUAUUCUCAUUCAUCAUUAGACAACUGGAGUUUUUCUGGUUUUGUAACCUGAUAAAAUGGACAGGCUGUUGAACAUUCCACAUUCAAAAAUUUUGUAGGGUGGUGGGAAAUGGGGAUUCUUCAAUGUUUAUUUUAAAAUAAAAUAAAAUAAGUUCUUGACUUUC